UCUGAGUACGCAGCAAGGCACUUGUUGAAAGUAGCACAGAGAAAGGCAAAGGAUCGAUCGAGAGAGACCGUCAGUGCUGCCUGGAUAUAGAGGAGGGGAGAAGUUCCCAACACAUCCCUGUGAUCUUUCAGCAGCCUCGCCUCCUGGAAAUCCCGACGCACCCCCCACCCCCCUCGGUAUUUUUUGAAUGCGCCAUGCCCCAGCGAGUGCUGUGCUACAAGGGGCAGGAUUACCAGACCCUGCGUCGUUCAUGUCAGCGGCAGAAGAGUCUGUUUGAAGACCCUCACUUUCCUGUCACUGAUGAUUCUGUGUAUUACACCCGAUCGCCGCCUGGGAUUAUCGAGUGGAAACGGCCCGGCGAGCUCUGUGUGGACCCGCAAUUGUUCGUGGAUGGGAUCAGCUCGCGGGAUCUGCACCAGGGGAGCCUGGGGAACUGCUGGUUCGUGGCUGCCUGCUCCUGUCUGGCAACGGAGUCCUCGCUUUGGAAAAAGGUCAUCCCGGACCACGCGGAUCAGGAGUGGGAUCCGAAGCGGCCGGAUCGCUACGCCGGGAUCUUCCGCUUCCGCUUCUGCCGGUUCGGUACCUGGCUGGACGUGGUGAUCGACGACCGCCUGCCCACCACGGGCGGCAAGCUCCUCUUCUGCCAGUCGGACGACCGCCGCGAAUUCUGGUGCUCGUUGCUCGAGAAGGCCUACGCCAAGUUGAACGGCUGCUAUGAGGCCCUGGAUGGGGGCAAUACCGCAGAUGCCCUGGUGGACUUCACGGGAGGUGUCUCCGAACCCGUGACCCUGGACGAAGGGCACUACCGGGACGCCCUGGAGAAGAGAAAGAAUCUUUACCAGAAUUUGCUGAAGGCCCACUGCAGGAGGUCGCUCAUCAGCUGCUCUAUUCGGCCUGAGGCUGGCAACCAGCUGGAGGCCCAGAUGGGCUGCGGCCUGGUGAGGGGCCAUGCCUAUGGGGUGACGGACAUACGUAAGGUCCGAAGAGCAAGAGAGCCCCGGGGCUACACGAGUUCAGACAGACGUAGCCAAGAUUCAAUUGACCUCAAGCCCAGUGGAGAGAGGCCGGCUUUGUCCGCGUACGGGAAACGCGGUCUCUGA